GGAUUCUCUUAACUUUGAUUAUAUUUCAAAAUCAAACAUAUUUAAAAAAAGAAAAAAAGAAAUCAAAAUGAUUGUACAAAUCUUUCACGGAGGUAAGAAAGAGAAAAAAAAUGGUGGCAUCAAAAUGUCGAACAGUGAAUCCGGGGGCUGGUUAUAUAUUGCGUAUAUGUCAGCAGUGUUCUUAAUCUCCUUUAAGUACCCUUAACCCAAUUGAAUUAGAAGGGCAUACUAUAACUUUGUUCUCCACGUAUCGUUUUCUAUAGUUCCGUAUGCAGCACUUGCUUGGUUUUCUUUCUAUCUAUUAUCGUGCGUGCAUUGCACAAGAGAACAAUAUUUUUCCUUCCACUCUUAACUACUCUAUGGUUCUCGUUAAUUGUUUAAAACCGAUCAAUUGUUUUGCCUGUGUCUCAUUUUUGCCGAUUAUUCAUAAAAGUUAUAAAAAGGUUGUCGUAAAAUUUUGGAAAUAAUUUUUUUAUCGUUUUAACAAUAUAUAUUCGAGAAAGAAUAUCAUUUGGAAUAAUAAUAAUAAUAUUAAGUACACCAUAUUUCGGAUUAAUUAUCUCUUUUGAAAACGGUGUAGGCGAAGCCAAUUGCUGCAUCGUCGUUUGCUGUCGCAAGGGUGGAAAGGAAAACGAACAAGAUGCAACACCUGUCAUCUCAUUUGAAUCUUCUUCAGGAGGGGGAUAAUGCAUCUCACGUGACUCCGUUCUAAGGUAUCCUCGAGCUUUUGGUAACGCGAACGAACGAGUUCCCCAAAGUUCGUGAAAAUGCAGGAAACUACCGAUGAUUAUCAACGGCAGGAUGCCAACAACGUCGAUGAAAAGACGAAAAAAACCAACGACGAAGAAGGAUUCGAUCUUGACGAUCUUUUGCCGAUCGUUGGUGAAUUUGGGCGUUAUCAGAAGCAGCUGUUAUGGCUCGUAUGCCUACCGGCAUGCUUACCUUGUGGCUUUUGCGCUUUCAAUCAGCUAUUCAUGGCGGAUACACCGGCCCAUUGGUGCAAAGUACCUGGAUUAGAAAAUAUGGAUAUUUCUCGAAGAAGGAGACUCGCCAUUCCUACCAGUCAGGAUGACAACGAAACGUACAGUCAAUGCACACGAUAUGACGUCGAUUGGACGACAGAAAAUGCAUCCAAUACUAGAACAAAUUCUUCGUGGUCCAUUGUACCCUGUGAUCAUGGUUGGGAAUACGAUACUUCCGAUAUCACGUCAUCGAUAGUCAUUGACUUUGAUCUCGUUUGCGAACGUGCUAUUUAUCCAACGAUCGGCCUGGUUGCAUUAAAUACCGGUGGGCCUAUAGGAGUUUAUCUUUUUGGCAGUUUAAACGACAGAAUUGGUCGUAGACUGUCAUUCUUUACGUGUUUAGCGACAUUGAUUACCGGUGGUUUUCUCACAUCCAUAUCUAACAGUUUUUGGACAUGGGCAGCUACGCGAAUGGUGGUUGGUUUAACUAUACCAGCUAUUUAUCAAAUACCUUUCAUCAUAUCGUUAGAAUUGGUUGGACCUAAUUAUCGAUCAUUCGUGACAGUAAUGACGUGCAGCUUUUAUACGAUGGGUUUAUGUAUGCUGGCAGGUGUUACGUAUUUAAUAAGAGAUUGGAGGAUUCUCGCAAUUACGACGAGUGCUCCAUUUCUAUUAUAUUUCUUUUAUUGGUGGUUCCUUCCUGAAUCUCCAAGAUGGUUAUUGGCGAAAGGUCGAUUGGUAGAAGCGAACGAUAUUUUAGAAACUUUGGCACGUGUCAAUGGCAAAGAACUUCCAGCUUCGUUCACGCAAAAGUUACGUCAACGAAUGACAAUGUCGAGAACGAAGAGUGAAGAGGAAAGACUACGCAAUGGACCUGGUGUCUUGUCUCUUUUUAAAACACCAAACAUGCGUCUAAAGACCUGCCUUAUCACGUUAAAUUGGUUUGCCAAUAAUAUGGUAUACGUUGGAUUGUCUUAUUAUGGACCUGCACUCGGAAACGAAGAACAUCUUAGCUUUCUAUUUUCUUCGUUAGCCGAAAUUCCCAGUUAUAUGGCUUGCUGGGUAGUCAUGGAUAGGUGGGGUCGCAGAUGGCCAUUGUGUCUUUGCAUGGUUGUAGCUGGUGUCUCUUGUAUAGCAACAGUCCUACUUUCCGCAGAUGCCGUUGUAGCCACGUUAGUCCUAUUUCUUUUAUCAAAGUCUGCGAUAUCGGCCUCGUUUUUGAUUAUAUAUCCGUUCGCUGGUGAACUUUAUCCAACACAAUUGCGCGGUGUUGCAAUUGGUUUCUCUGCUUAUAUCAGCGGACUUGGUCUUAUCAUCAUUCCAUUCGUUACAUACUUGGGUAAGGAAAAUUUAGUUUUGCCAUUGGUAAUUUUCGGCUGUGUCUCGGUGAUCGGUGGUCUUUCUGGUUUACGAUUACCAGAAACUCUACACCAUCGACUUCCACAAACAGUUGAGGAAGGAGAACUCUUUGGAAAGGAUUGGACUUGUGCAGAUUGUAUUAGAUGCAUACCGACCAAACCUUCGUCUGCAGCGGCUUCCUACGAGGACCUGUCGGCAAGAGAAACUGUUGAAAUGCACGAGGUACCUGAACUUCCAAUAGCUCAAACUAUACCGACACAAGCGAUAUCUCAAAGAAUUUUAGAGGAACAACAACGACCGAGCAGUGCGAGCGUUCGCCGACUUGUUCGGCAAUCUAGCGUGAUGGACACUCAGCGAGAUUCGGAUGGUUCUAUAAAGAUGACAUAUUGGUUUUAGAAACUCAAACAGAGUCUAUUACUUAUGUUAGUCCUUUAGUUUUUAUGUAGUCCAAUUAUUCGUACUUUAUACAAAGUUAUCAUUUUUGUAAGAGUAACCCCAAUCGUGUUUUUUCAUUUUUUUUUUUUCUUCCCAUUACUUUUUCUUUCUUUCUUUCAUUUUAACAAAUAGUAGAUAGAUGAUUUAACUUGUACAAUUAAACGAAAACAAUUUUAAAGCCUAUUUUUUUAUUCUUUUUUCUUCUUCUUCUUAAAACUCUUUUCUUACGGUCGUUUUUUUUGUUGUUGUUUCUACGAUAGAAGAUUCCUGUCUUACGUUGCAAUUUAUUCGAAUAGAUUUGGUAUACAAAACACGAAGACAAAGAGAAAUAGAGAGAAAGAUUAAGAGAGAGAGAGAGAGAGAGAGAAAGAGAAAAGAG